UGUAGACAAGAUGGCAGGAGAGCAAAAUACGUCCACGAAGGGAAGACACUGGCUUAUCGGAAUAACUUCUCUUGUGAUGUUGGCUGCUUUUGCCGGGGUUGGAUUUCUCGCUUAUAGAACAGUGCAAGCACGAAACGCUACUCCAGAUCCAGAUUCUAAGACUGGAAACAAGCAAACCAAUCCAACAACUGUAACAAGUCGUACAAAACUGAGUUCCACUCAACCAAAAACCACUGUACCGACCACUGAAUCAAGCUUCAUUGAACCAAGCUCCACUGAACCGAGUACAACUGAAUCGAGUACUACUGAAUCAAGCACCACUGAAGAGAGAACUACUGAGAGAGAACAGCCAUCGACGAGAGAUGUUCCAAUAAGAAACACAGGGACUCAAAUUCUACGUAGAUAUAUUACUCCUGUUACUAUAACACCACUAGUUGAAAUAACAACAGUUUCGUCAACAACGCAAAACAUACUCGCAUCUACAAUGGAGCCCCCGCCAUACCUUCAAGCGGAUACAUCCUGGCUAACAUGGGGUGAAUGGACAGCGUGUGGUACGACUUGUGGUGGUGGCAACCAAAUAAGAUAUCGAGCAUGCUAUACAUCGAACAUCGACAUCACGUGUUCUGGUUCCCCGGUACAGUCACGGACAUGUGCACAAUGGGAUUGUCCUGAUUGCUCACGAACUUGUCAAUAUGGUGACAUUGACUCUGAUUGUUCGUGUAUUUGUAAACAUGAUGUACUCGACGGUGUCGUAGUUGAUGUAGAUGGUCGGCCGGUAUACAAUGCAUCAAUAUUUCGAGAGGAAUUGCCAUUGGAACCAAUCGCAGCAUCACUCAUCGAUGGCAGUUUUCACGUUGAAGGUCUUUGUAUCAGAGGGUCUGUGUUGAUAGUUCAGAAGUUGAAGUUCACUAGAAAAACGUAUGCACUACCACCCACUACAAAUAAUGCAGCAAACUACUCUAACGUCGUAAUUGUAUUGGAAAAAAAUGCCCAUCCAUUCAUCACGGUCAACCCUGAGAACAAAAUAAGACAUGUUGGACAAAGUGUGGGAUUUUGUUGCGAUGGAUAUGGGAGUCCGAAUCCAAGUUACUAUGAAUGGUUUAAGGACGGUGAUAUACUAGAAGAUUGGUCGUAUACAAUCAACACAUCAUUACUACUGAAUAACUUGACUGUGAGCGAUGCUGGGACAUACACAUGCCGAAUAAACAGUGAUAUAGGAGCGGCAUAUUCCCUUCCUGCUGUGCUUGAUAUAUAUGAUGACCCGGAUCCAUGCACUGAUAGCCUACAACGAAAUUACAUUGAACUCCCACCUGGUUGCAUAGGACUGAAUGGUUCAUCGCGUUAUGAUAUUGGUAUUUGUAGCCGAUCACCAUGUUCAGGCGAUUUGGUGGCCCAGGAGUGUACUGACUCUAAGAGGUACUGCUGCGUGGAAUCCAACAGCGAAAAGAGGCAACUGCAAUGUAGUAGUUUUAAUAUAUCCAUCAUAGUUACGACUGAAUGCAAUUGUGGCGAGUGUUAUAACCCCAUUCGAAGCGUAAGGGGUCGUGUGAUAGCAGCCGACACACGUGAACCUAUUAAAUAUGGAAAAAUAUACUUAGGAUCAGAGUUCUUACGUCAAACCUCGAGAUCUGGAGAGUUUGAAUUUGAAGUACCAGCUGGGAGAAAACGCUUAACUAUAACAAUUCGCGAUAUAUAUGACGAAUACGCUGAUGCUACAAAGGUAUUUACAAUUUCACAAGAAUCCCAGAUUUAUCGUGUAAUUCUUCUACAGCGUCUUGCUCCUACUGUGUCAUUCAACUCAUCUGAGAGUUUCACAGUUCCUCUUACUGCCGAAAACGCUGUUGAAAUUGACAUUCCAGCUAUGUCACUUCGCACAGUGAAUGGCAGUGUAUAUACCGCAAAUGCUUCUGCGAGUAUAACGUUUGUUGACCCGAAAGAUCCCCAGGCUGUUGACAUCAUACAAAGUGAUCUUAGUACUCGUGAUGUGGAGGGAAAUCUGAGAUCUCUUCAAACAUAUGGUAUGCUUUCUAUUAACUUUGAAGAUGAAACGGGAAAUACUUUAUAUAUCGACGGCAACAUCCAGGUCUACUAUGACCUCGAUAUACUUAAUAUAAGUGUCACAGAAAACAAUCUUCCUAAAAUGUGGUAUCUAGAAGAAAAUACUGGAGAAUGGGUAGAGACCGGAAGUAUGCGUGUUGCAGGGGAGAGAAGACGUAAACGUGAUACUAAUCAACAGAUAAUUGUAGGCGACAUCGAGGUCAAUACACAACAAUUUGGUAAAGCAAUAAUUAAUGUAGACUAUUUGGCUCCACUUGACGAAAUAUGUUUUUUAAAAGUUAAAGUUUAUGAUACAUUGAAUACACCAAUAAAAAAUGCUGAGGUAAAUGCUAUAACCAAUGAGCAAGGACAGUUGAGUGUAUUUGAGGAAGUAUAUACUGACGCCAAUGGCGCUGCAUGUCCUCGUGUUAUGUGCCACGCAGAUAUCAACCGUUACUUGAUAAAUGUUCGCGCAAGAUUCGAGGAGGAAGUAUUGUUACCACAAGAUCCAAACACGGCGCCGUCAACAGUUCAUCCACGAAGUUGGCCUACUGAUCUCAUAGCAACAUAUUUAACCUCAGCGGAAUGGGACUCGUCAGGCUUCAUUAGUUUUUCCGGACUUAAACAAUCACAUUUAGAUAACGGCCCACUUCACCCAUCUAGAUGCUUCAGUGUUGAUUGUUAUACUGAAGCUAAAUGGAGAUGUUCAAAUUCGGCAAUAAACGACAGUCACGUUAUAUUUAAAAAAGAAGACCAUCCAGUAAACAAUGAUAAGAUAAUUACUCAUUACACCAAACACUACGAGUUUAGCCCGACGUACUAUGAGGAAGCCAGAGACAAAUGUUCAUGGUAUCCUUACGAAUCAGAUCGCAGAAAGAGAACGUGUUUUAUGAAGAUCCUCGUAACCGGCCAAACCGAGAAUCGGUUUCAAGUUACAAGUAGUUCAAGCGCCGAUUUUGGCUGUGGCGAGUAUGGUUUUCGUGCAGCAAGUACGUCCUCAAUCAUUGACGAGAAGGCAGCUCUAUGUAUGGAAUUCAAGUGCAGUGAUUAUGUCAGAGAGUCCGAUCAACCAUAUGAUGAUCAGGGCGGUGAGGUGGGAAAUGAAAUAGAUGAAACAAUAGUUAAAAUCAUACCGAAUGAAAUAUCUCAACACUGUACCCUUUUAGAGAUAAACCGUGAAUUCCAAGAGAACGUUAACAUAAUCUAUCAAGGGGAAGCUAUUAUCCAUGUUAUGAUUCCAACAGGUUCACUUAGUUAUUUUGGUGUAGCCCGUGGUCUAUAUGAGUCCACGGGUGAAGCACAAGAAGGUUACGAUAUCGCGAAUGAAAGUUGCUUUCGAGGCAAUGAAGUCGCAAGUACAGAACCACCUUACAACCCUACCAUAAACUGGGCAUUGCAUUAUGAAUGCUGAAUACAAUGUCAAUAAAUCCAAUGUCAUACAAAUUAUAUCAUGAAAGACCGUGGUAAUACCACUUUCAACCUAACGAAUCAGUGUUUACAACGCAAAUCAUUAAUAUAGCUACAAAGUACUAAUAUAUACAAUAACCAAUUCAGGCAAUGCUGAAUAAUCACGUUUUUAUCACCGAAAAUCACGGUUAAGGUAUUGAUACGAUUCUUGGUCAUGUGACCUAUUGAUCUGGCCUUUGGUUUAUUUCUCUUUGUCUUUAUGUAAUCCGGCUACACUUGUAUUCACAUGCUAUGUAAUUACUACAGUUGCACUCAUAUGCUAAUUGUAAUAGCUACAAAUAACUGUGGCAUAUUUUGUAAACAAGCAUUGUCUUAGCUACGUAAUUGUGGCAUAUUUUGUAAAUCGCUAUGGUAAAGCAGACCUUGCACCUUGAAAAGUGAGCAACUACAGUCACAGUGCAACGGCAUUUAUAUAAUAUAAAAAUAUUGUUAUGACAAAAAGAAGCAAGCAAAAGGCUUUUCUCCUUGUUUAAUAAAUUCUGUGUUAA